GCUAUCCGACGACACCGCCCCCAAAGCCAACGCAAAACCAUCGACGCACCCAAACACUCAAGCCAAACCCCCGAACUCCGAUCAUCCCGAUGGCGUCCGACGAGGCCCCCAAGCCGGCGGCGGAUCGAAUUCGGGUGGUCGGCAAGUGGGUCGGUGCCCUGGAGGUGGACCUGGGCGCCUGGACGGCGCCGAUGCUGCGGGCGGAGGUGGCGCGGCGGGUUGGGGGCGGCGUGGAGCCCGAACGCGUCGGCCUCAUCUUCGGCGGCCGCGUGCUCAAGGACGACCCCCCCGCCUCGCUGCUGGAGGCCGGGCUCAAGGCCAACGCCAAGGUGCUCUCCUCCCUCGCAUCCCCCGAUCGCGCCAAGGAAAUCGCCGCCGAAGCCGCCAAGGCGAAGGCCGAGGAGGAGCACGCCGCUAGGCUUGUCAGGCUCUGGGAUGCUGCGAAAGCAAUGUCUCAAAGGCACACAGAUGGGUCUUUCCUUGAAGAUGAAGACUACAACUUAGAUCUUGAGGAUCAAAGUGGCCAGAAAGUGAUGUUUGGAUCUGUUGAUGAUAUGAAGGCUUUGAAGAUGGCUUUAAUGCUUCACCAAAAAGGUAAAACUCAGAUGAAGAAAAAAAAGUACAAGGAAGCACUAGAUGUAUUAAUAAUGGCUGAGGUAUGCUACCUUUUACUGCCCUAUUCCUAUCUAGCUUAUGUGAUUGUAAUGUAUUCUUGCUACUGCAAGAAACCUGUGCAGUUUUUGAACUGCUCUGCUUUCUAUUCAACUAAAUUUCUCUACAUUGACAAAUUCUUUCUUGUCUUACAGGAAGCUUUCUCCCUUUGUGACUCAAAACUCAUUCAGAAAGUUGAUAAUAUGCCAAUGCUUCAACUAGAUAUAGUAUGGUGCUAUUUUGUGCUUCGUGAUGUAUCAUGCUUGGAGGUUGCAGGGACUCGCCUUGAAAAAGCACGAGUAGGAUUUGAACGUUCCCAUGGGAAAGAUUCCUCUCGCUUCAGAGUACUUCAGGCUGGCCGGCAAGCAGAUCUUGCUAUUUACGUAAGGCUGGAGCUUUUGGAAGGAGUGGUAGCAUAUCAUAAUGGUCAUACUGAAAAGGCGCGUGAAUCUCUCACUUCUGCGCAAGCUAAAUACCUGCAGCUUCAAGUACCAGAUGAAGCUAUAUCAAUGUUAAUGGAUAUGGGCUAUGAAGCACGAUCCGCAAAAAGAGCAUUGAAGAUGACCGGCUAUGAUAUUCAAUCAUCUGUGGAUCUCCUGUGUGAGGAACGUGAAAAGAAAAUCCGUAGACAAGAGGAGGACCGAGAGAGACAAAGAGAGAUUCUGGAACAAAUGAGAUACGGUAAAACUCCGAUGAACAAGGCAGUUGACCUGCAGAAGCUGAAAGACUUAACUAACAUUGGAUUUGAAAAGUAUCUUGCCGCAGAAGCACUGCGCAUAAAUGAAAAUGAUGCUGAGAAGGCAUUAGAUCUUUUGACAAAUCCUGAAGAAAAUUGCAUCCUGCAAAAUAAAAUUCAAGCAAGGAGGAGCCGAGCAACUCGUGGAUCAUCGAGCUCCAGGGCAGCUGCUGCUAGGACUGCUCGAGCAAUCAACAAUCGUCAGGCUUUUGUUAGCGCUCCACCACAUGCUGUAGAUGGAAAUGCUCCUCCACAUGCUGCGAAUGGAAACCCUCAAGAGGGAAACCAAGCAGAUGGGAAUCUGCCAGAGGGAAACGAUGUGGACAGCAAGCCUCCAGAGGGAAACGAUGUGGACAGCAAGCCUCCAGAGGGAAACGAUGUGGACAGCAAGCCUCCAGAGGGAAACGAUGUGGACGGCAACCCUCCAGAGGGAAACAAUGUGGACGACAACCCUCAAGAGGGAAAUCAAGAUGUAGUUAUGACUGAUGAAGUAGCUGUGAAUGAUGAAGACACAAACUCUAUUCCGGUUCCAGCCAGGGACGUAUCCAUGGAAAGUGAGCUUGCCGAUGAACUGACGGGGGAUGCCUUGGAUGACUACGAUAUUGAGGUUAGCGACGAAGGACAAGCCAUAGCAGAAUACAUGAGCUUACUGGAGUCUGUUGCUAGUUCUUAAUGUGCAAAGAUCUACACUAUUAGAUAGUUAACUCCAGCUUCAGAAUAAGAAAUACAUGUAGAUUCAGAUGUUGAGUUUGACCUAGUAUGGUGGCUUGUACAUAAUGCUACCCGUAUGGAUUACAUAUUUACAUGAUGCCUGGAAAUUUCCUAUCGUUUGCCUC